AUGAAGAUUUUUGACUCGAUCAUCUCCCCCAUAUUACUGUACAACUCGGAAAUUUGGGGUGCUUACAAAAAAAAUGACUAUAAUAAAUGGGAAAACUCAGAAAUCGAAAAAGUUAAUCUAAUAUUCUGCAAGUUACAUUUGGGUGUAAACAGAAAAGCAACAAAUGUGGCUUGCAGGGGAGAACUUGGUAAAUUCCCUCUCCUCUUAACAAUCAAGAAAAACAUAAUGAAUUAUUUUAAACAUAUCUACCAGCUACCCGAUGACUCAAUCACGAAACAAAGCUUAAACAUAUCCCAAGAUCAUAUCCAAAGAUCUUUAAUGAAAGGUUAUUUUUGCACGAUUUGUGUAGGAUCCCCUGGGAUUAUGUCAAUCAAUUUAAUAACCCGAAGUCUGGAAGGUCCUUCUUUAUAGAGUCUUAAAGUCUGGAAGGUCCUUUAUAGAAGUACUUGAUAGACACGCGCCAAUUCUGAGGAAGUAUAUUAAAACUAAAAGAAUUCCAUGGCUAAAUGCCUCAAUUAAGCAACUGAGGCAACGAAAUUUUCAUAAAAUGAUGUUUAAACAAAUUCUGAGAUGCAUUGGGAAAAAUUUAAAACCAUUCGAAAUAAAAUUAAUGCUGAAAUUAAAAGUCUUAAAGCUAACUAUUUCAAUACUAAAAUAUAUGAGUGUCUUCAGCAUAAGAACGUAAAAAAAGUUGGUCCUUGAUCAGUGAACUCUAAUAAGACUGGAACAAUAACUCGGCCGCCAUCUUUGAAGCCAAAUUGAAAGCCGCCAUUGGAGGUACGGCGGCGAAAAUACAAAAAAAACCCUCGGAUUUCUGCCUUUCUAGCUAUGCUAGAACAUAGAUGAAAGACUUAAAAAUAUCUACGAUACUUGGACUAUUGCACAAAUCAUGUUUGGAAGCCGUAGAAAAGACUUAACGUUAUUUUUUGUGUACCUGAAAGUCGUAUUUUGUUCGGCACAGAAAAUAUUUUGUUAUUUUCUUGAAUACAAAAAUGGUUCCCUUCGAGAUUUUGCUGUUAGUGGAUGUUGAAUACUUAGAACUAUCCAGAAAACCAAGUUUAAUCUUUGAAAUUGAAAUCUUAGGACGAAAAACCUAAUAUUUCGGCGUAUUUUUGCUAAAAAAACAAAAUUACGAGAAAAUUUAACUCUCCCCAGUUCUUUUUUGAAAGUCACAGCGCGCGAACUUCUCCUGGGCGCCAAAUCACAAAUCACGGGGGUUUCUAUGUUUUCGAGAUGUCAAAAAGCACUCAAAAUAAACAACUAUACCUAGACUUUAAUACAAAAAAGGUAUUGGUCCAUAGAUUUAUGUUUCAAAGUAUUUGUUUUUAGUUAAAGAGCAAAGUUCACUUCGGCACGUUCAAAUUGUGUCGUUUUUAUGAAAACAAACCUGAUACCCCUCAAACCUUUCGCUGUUGUGAGAUGCAAAGCAGUUCUAACUAUCAAAUAAAUCGUAUUUGGGUUUUUAAAAUUGAAGUCUUUUGAUGAAAAACGACUUUUCUUGCUCAUUUUCAUAAAAAAUGUAAAACUUUGACUGAAUUUCCCACUCCUCAAAACUCUCCUUAGGGAGCAUUCAUUUUUUAGCUGGGGGGUGGGCCGGAGGAAUUUGGGGGUGGAUCAGCCAAUUUUGACAUGCUUCAAAGGGGUGGGUCUUUUUAUAGUUUUGGUAUAAAUGGAGGGGGUCAUAAAAAUAAUCAGUGAAAAAGUCACCAAUAUAAUUUUAUAGAAUUUGGAAAUAUUUGGAUGAAGAAUGGUAAAAAGGUCUAGAAACUAUCAACUAUCUCGUCAUCUUUAACAAAGAAGCAAAAUUCGUUUGACGCUCUGUUCACACAGUCCAAAGGAAAAAAUUUCCAUGACUUUCGUCAAUUGACCUCGUUUUUAUCCGUUUUUGUGUGAAAACAUGAAUGAAAGAAAACGCAGGACCGUAGCAUGAUUUCAAAAUCAUGCAUGGUUUCAAGGUCUGCAUGCAUUUCAUGACCUUUAUCAAUUUUAAGCUUUAUUAAUUUUAAGCGGCUACAUGACAAACUGCAAAGAAUGAAGAUUGUACCCACAGUUUCCUGCAACUUAUCCUAGUUAUCCAAUAUAUAGUUAAUUAAAUAUGUGUUCGCCCAUUUAGUACUACCAAAUUGUCAAUUUCGACAUAUUAAAACGUUGUUUUCUGACCAUCAGAAUUCGGUCAAAUCUUCCCCAAAGUCCAGGAAAUGGCAUUUCAGAGACUCUAGAUUUAAAAAUUUCCUCGGGCCUUUGGCCCUCGCUUUCAGCCCCCCAAUAAAAAAAAGCUUCCUAUGGCCCUGAAACGCCACAGAAACGACACUGUGUGGAUUAUUAAUAGUUAAGAUGAGGGGUCAAAAAAAUUUUCAGUAAAAAAAAUAGGGGGUCAUAAUUUUUUAUCAACUUUUGUCUUGGGGGUUCCAAGUUUUAGCAUGGAAUUAGACAUCAGUUCCUCCGGCCCACCCCCCCCAGCUAAAAAAUGAAUGCUCCCUUAGUCCUUUUAAAAGUGCAAUUUCCUUGCAUGGUUGGCUUCAGGCAAGUAUGGGCAUGUUUACCUGAGCUAUCGUUCCAGUCUUAUUAGAGUUCACUGUCCUUGAUUAAUAACCUACUUGGGAAAAAUUCAAAAUCAACCAUUAUCAAUGAAAUUGGGACUGAUAGUAGUGUAGUUAUUACAGAUAGAAACCCGAUUGCAAACAAAUUAAAAGAUUAUUUUGUUAAUAUUGGUCCUUCGCUUGCACUUGGGGUGGAAGAAAAUCAUCAUACCUCUGCUGGUGUGACAAAUCGUGGUGAUUUAGAGUGUGACACAACUUUUUGUUUUUCUGAUAUAAGUGUUCAUCAAGUUCUAAACAACUUAAAACAACUAGUAACGUCCAAAGCUACUGGCGUAGACAAAAUUCCAGCUAAAGUUAUUAAAUUAUCUGUAGGUAUAAUUGCACCAUCUCUGACAACAAUCUUUAACCAAUCACUACAUACUGGCAUAUUUGUCAAUGACUGGAAAUUAGCAUGUGUGCAACCAAUUUAUAAAUCUGAGGAUAGAAGCAAAUGUGAGAAUUACCGUCCACUUUCUAUUCUCCCAGUUGUACGUAAAAUCUUUGAAAAAGAAAUUUUUCAGCAACUAUAUAGUUAUUUAUCUGCAAACUCACUAAUUUCAAAGUUUCAAUCUGGAUUUCGACCUAAACAUUCAUCUCUAACCUUACUUCUCCAGAUGUGCGAUGAAUGGCUAAAAAAUAUGGAUGAGGGUAAAAUAACUGGUCUUGUUUCUCUGGAUAUCAAAGAAAGCAUUUGA